AUGCUUUUGCUGACUAGUGCCCAGAUCAACCGUGACACAGUACCUACAACACUCGGCGAGACAAGCCCGUUCCCCAAGUUCCCGGGCAAGAUGCAGGAUGGAGGACUUGAAUGGGCCGGACAGAAGUUUCGCCCACCGCGCAAUUGCGGCUUCGAAUGGACCAAGUCAUCAUCGAACAAAUGCAAGUUCUGUGGAAGGAACUACAACAUCUCGUGUGUCAUGGCUCUGCUGCCCAGUCGCGAGAUCUGUGAGAAGCUGUGCGGGUUUUUCUUCUCAACCGUCUUCCCUCUGACCCCGAUUUUCCACAUGACUAGUUUUGCAGAGGAUUUCAGGACGUUCUGGGAUGGCAUUCCACCUACGAAUGUGCAUAAUGCUGAGCCGAGCCUCUUUAUGCGCAAGAAGCCAGGCUUUCUCUCUCUCUUGUCCGCCAUUUUGUUUGCGGCAGUCUUCUCGGCGGCUCCACCUCGUCUGGAGCGUAUCUUUGCAGAGCCCAACAGUGUCAGCCCUGGAGACAUGUACUUUAUUGCAAUGGCCUCUGCUAGCUUGACCGGGUUUCCUCGACGGCCAAGCAUCUACUCACUGGCAGCCUACAUCAUUGCACAGAGCCAAUUCGUGAGAGAAGAAGAGUUCUCCGACGCACCUGACUUUAUUGCUACCUCUUUUCGUGUUGCGCUAGGCAUGGGCCUGCACCGCCAGCUACCAGAAUCGGGACUCUCUCUGGCCGAGUUGGAGACCAGACGCAGGCUUUGGUGGUAUAUUCUUCACUUGGAUGUCAUGUCCUCGUCCUCAUCCGGUCUGUCACCUCUCUUCAUCAAUCAGAAAAUGGCGAACACCGAUGCUAUAUGCCAAUACGACGUACAGGGUGAGGGCACGGGUACCCGUCAAGAUGUUGACAUCCGUUACCUGGUGGCAUCCCGCCGCUACGAAAUUACCAGAGAGAUCAGAAGAGUCCUUGUGCUCCAUUUCGAAGACGCCUUUCAGUCAAUAGAAGUGGUUGCAGACUGUGCUGCUCGCCUUCGAAUGAUAGCUGACCGUACUAGUGCUACGGUAGACACCUUGCUGAAAGCCAGGGCCACUGCUGAAGCAAGAGCCGCGAGAUCUACCACACCCCGUCCCGCUGAGCACGCUCCGCCCAUGCUGGGUUUUGACAGGGUGUGGACACUUCGACCGGAACCGAGUGAUAGAGAGGUUGUUGACUUUACCGCUUGGUCUGCGCUUCUCUUGCACCUAAUGGUCCACAAGGCAUAUUGUGUCUUAUACCAUCCCUUGUUCAGAGAUCCCGCGAUGGUUGCCGAUGAAAAUGUCAGAACAAAUGCUGUCAAACACGCUCAAGCAUUCAUCCAAAUCUUCAUUCGUGUCUGCAACGACCCCAUUUCGGAACCUUUCCACUGGAUGUAUCCAGGCACCUAUCAACCUCUUCAGGCCGUGUCCCUCCUCCUCGCAGACCUCUUGCAACAUCCCUACAGCGACGAUGCGGCUCUAUCCCGGGGCUUGAUCGACGCCAUCUUCGAACUCUACCAAGUAGACGAAGGUAUAGUCAGCCAAAGCGACCCGCCUCGCCGCCAGCUCUCGCCCUCCGGCAGAGACGCAUGGACCAUGCUCGUGAGGACACGGAGAAAGGCUCUCGAGCAAGUCGGGAUGGACUACCAUGUUCUUUUCCCGUCCAACGCGGUCCUUUCGAGCAGAUGUAUCUGCGGCGAGAAAAUCUCCGUCGUCGAUAAUAACGAGGCCCUUGCACACCAACACCCCCACCAGCAGCAGGCGACGAGGCCGGGAGAAGGAGCACAACCACAGGCCCCACAGGAUAUGCAGGGCGAGCCGGCUGAUCAAACACCGGGGGGGCAGAUGCUCUACGAUCAAGUCGACUUUGACUGGCAUGCUUGGGACAAUGCACUGGGGCCCUCGAUAGGGCUGAUGCCGUGA